UUUUAAUCAAGAAUGAAUUAUUUUGAACAGUUAUGAGGAGAUAUCGCCAAGGACACACUAGAACCGAUAAUUUAGUCAAAUGUUUUCUAAAUGUAUCAGACCAGUGCCAUUCAUUUGCCGCACGCCGUACCAACGCUGCCCCACGUCAAUGAACGCAAAAAGCGUAAGGAGUGUGUAUGUCACAAGUGGAAAUGUGAAACCCAGCAGUUUUCCGUGCACUAUCGUAAUUGGAUAUGGAGGAGGGAAAAGGAGCGAACAUCAUAAGGAGAGAAACAGAAGAAAUACCCUUUUUGCUUGACUAGAACACACCAGUUGACAGGCGAGAUCAGACAGGAAUCCCUGUGGACUAUGAUGUUUGCAGAUGACACUGGGACCAGCUAUUAUAUAUGGCUUGGAGAUGGUGGCACUGACGAAAAGACAGGAGACAGAGUUGGAGGUGGCAGAGUUCAAGAUAUUAAGCUUUGCAUUGGGAGCGACGGAGAUGUACAGGAUUAGGAAUAAGUAUAUUAGAGAGACAGCUCAGGUUGAACGUUUUGGAGACAAUGCCAGAGAGGACAGAGAAGGAAAUGGAGGUGAUUUCUGACCCCGAGGUUUUCCUGGACAUGGAUGUGGCAGCAGAGGAGGUGGUGAUGGAGGAUGAGGUUGGAGCUGAGGUGGUGCUUCAGGCCAGUGUGGAUGACGUGAACAGAGUGCAUUCUCUGGACUUGCUCAGUCCAUCAAAUCUUGAGCAAUUAUGGUACCCUGAGGACUCCAGCGAGGAUGAACAUGGCUUUGAAGAACACAGGCUGGCUCAGAGUGAAAAGGACAACAUGGGUGCAAGCUGCUACCAGGACGGCUGUCUAUGCUGGGAAUGCGGCAAGUGCUUCCAGUCUUUGCAAAUGUUGAUGCAGCAUUUCCGCACACAUAAGGCGCAGGUGCGCUGCAACAUGUGCCGUGUGACUUUCCGACGGAUGGUGUCACUUAGCUUGCACCUAGAAAAUGUCCACAACAACAUCGUUCUCUACUGCACUGCCUGUCACCUGGCUUUUAAAAGCAAGUGGGAGUUCAACAAGCACCUUGAGAAGCAUAGUGGUUUCGAGUUGACUCCAGUGGUGGUGGGAUCUCUUCCAAAGUCAUACACAAGUUCUGAGAUUAGCGAAGAGAUCAAGUCCGAGCUUGGGGGCUUAGCCACCAAAUUGGAAAAUUGUGAGACCGACUCAUUCAGUAUUCCACCUGGGGAGAAUCUGAGAAACUCCAUCCAGGAGUCCAGUUCGCUGCCUGCUUUAGUGGCUAAAGACCAUGCAUACGAAAACAGAACAGACAAUGGAACAGUUACCACCAACUAUGCGCUACGUGUGCGCCAUACGAAAACUGUCACCAUGGUCUUUCCUCGUGAAAGUUUGCCUGAGAGUGCCCACCAGAAGAAGGUCCAGUUCUUUGUGUUCCGCAAUGUGGACCGGGACCAGGAGGGGACUGAGGAGGGAGGACUAGAUGAGAGGGAGGAAGUGUUGCAGGAAGAAGGGGAGGAAAAGGAUGUUAAACCAGAUCCCUCUUCUUUAAUUCCCCCACUUCCUGAGACCUUAGUGUCCUCUGGCUGUAAAAACCCAAACAGCCAAGUCAAGCAGGAAGGCGUGAUAUCUGACAGUAGAGCCUUGAUGUGGGAGGGAGCUCCAGUGGAGGAGGAGGAUGAGUUUCUGGAUGAUAACCAUAGUGAUGGAGGUCAGUCUGUGCAUUCCCAAAAUUCAGACUCUGAUUCAGACGUGUCUGAGUCCUCCACAGAAUCUAUCAGUAGUGGUAACUCCAGCGGUUCCUCCUACCAUCCUCCCCAGCGCAGGGUGAGAAAAUGCAACAAGAAGGUUGCCGUUUGUUCCAUCUGUAAUACCUUCUUUCCUGACACCAAUGCCUUGAUCGAUCACAAUGUCAGAACCCACCCGUCUAUCAAGCCCUCUCGCAUGUAUGUCUGUGACUCCUGCCGUGAGGUCUUCCCACAGCAGGAUAUCUAUAGGAGCCAUCAGUGCCCCAUGAAGACUACCACCAAAAACCAAACACUGCUAUCUGUGCCUGCAUCAACCUCAAAUUUUUUUCCUGACCCUGCUUCUACCCCCACCACUACAAGUGACCCAAAUGCGUCUUCUUGGAAAGACAUCACGUCCAUCCCUGUGAUGACCUCUCGUUUGAGACCAGCUGUUACUUCAACAGCCAUGAGCAUUAACUUGGUGACGUCUUCUAGCAGCCUUGUCUCCAUCCCCAGCUCUAAUCAAGGAUCCUGCGAUGUUGCCGUUCGAGAGCCUGUGCGCUUGUCUGUUCCCUGCCCUCUUCAGAACCCCACGUUAGUCUGUCCCGUCUCAAUGUCAAGUGGCUCUGGUCUUCAGUUGCCAAGCAUUAUGCUGCCAAGCUCUGCACCAUCCUCUCAGUCAGCCUCCAUGCCCGUUAUGGCCACUGUCGUUCUUAGUGGCAGCAAUGCAGUGGGCAGAGUGGCACGGGUUGUCCUGCAAUCUCAAGGUCUUGCUUUUCCAACACCAACUUUGACACAAACAGUAUCCCCAAAACAGCCUGUAAGUCUUUCUUCUGUGCCCAGUCAGGUUAAGACUGUAAACCAGACUCAAGCUUUGCCAUCAGUGCAACUUGCUAACCUUUCACUGAGAGGUGCGAUUCAGCCCCACACACUCAUCAGAUCGUCCCAGCCACCUGGCUCAGCUGCCACUCCUCUCUCCCGUCCACUCACUGUUUCUGUUCGUCUCCCUAACCCAGCCAAAAUUCCAAUCUCCCUCCCUAGUCCAGUUCCAGAUUCUGUCCCUCUUCGUAACCCAGCUCCGGUCUCUGUUACUUUUUCUAAUUCAGCCCCAGUUUCUGUCCCUCUUCGUAACCCAGUCCCAGUUUCUGUCCCUCUUCGUAACCCAGCCCCAGUUUCUGUCCCUCUUCGUAACCCAGCCCCAGUUUCUGUCCCUCUUCGUAACCCAGCCCCAGUCUCUGUCACCUUCUCUAAUUCGCCACCAGUUUCUGUCCCUCUUCGUAACCCAGCUCCGGUCUCUGUCACUUUCUCUAAUUCGGCCCCAGUUUCUGUCCCUCUUCGUAACCCAGCUCCGGUCUCUGUCACCUUCUCUAAUUCAGCCCCAGUUUCUGUUCCUCUUCGUAACCCAGCCGCAGUCUCAGUCACUUUCUCUAAUUCGUCCCCAGGUCCUGUCCCUCUUCACCCGGUUCCUGCCUCUCUUCCAUUCUCUAACUCUGCUCCAGUCACAGUCCGAUUAAACAUGCUAACCCCUGCCCCUGCUAACAUUCCGCUUGCAGCCUCCAUACCCUCACAGGUGGCUUCUGGUGCUACGGAGCCCCUGAAAAUCUUGGGCCUUUAUGUCAACUGCAGCCAGGAACUUGCCCUGCAGCAACGGCUUAACAAAAGCUGGCGAUCCAAGGGUCUUUUCUUCUGCCGCCAGUGUGGUGCCGUCUCACGGCAGCCAUCUCUGGGCGUGCGGCAUCGCUACCUUCACCGUGGCUCUCGUCGACACCGCUGCCACUGUGGCCGGACUUUCCUGCGCCGGCUCCAUCUCCUCCGCCACCACGUCCAACACGCUGAAGCCACCAGAUUUGUCUGUGCCCCAUGUGGCCGGACGUUCGCUGGUGCUCACUGCCUGGCCCGACAUAAGCAGGGUCGAGGAGAUAGGGGUAGGAAGCGGAAGAGGGUAAGAAAAGACUGCCAGACUCCAUUCUCCUGUGACUGUGGUCAGCUCUUCCAAAGACCAACAGCUUUUCUGUGGCACAAACUAAAGAAUCAUAAGUCUAAAGUGGAAUUAGACUACAGAGCCACUAAAUAGCUACGUGGAUUUAGCGAUAUCAUGUGCAGCUGGUAGAAGUCUUCUGAGAUUUGUAGCAUUUCUUUCAGUAAGAAUAAUCAGUAAGAAUAGACAUGAAUUGGUUCUCUUUUUUAUGGCAUACUUUGCUUUUUGUUUUUUGAUUCCAUCAAUAAAAGUGUUACUUUUCAUUUCACAAAAA